GUGUGGGGCUGUCGCACUCCAGGGCAGGGGGUCGCUAGCCCCAGCCAGGCCUGAGGGGAGCAGGGCAUGUGGGGCUGUCUCACUCCAGGGCAGGGGGUCGCUAGCCCCAGGCAGGCCUGAGGGGAGCAGGGCGUGUGAAAUCAGGCGGCUUGGCCUGGAAGGCCUGGUGCUGUGUCACUGGCUCAGUCGCCGCUCACCAGGUCUUGCCAUCUGCCAGCUGCUUCGGGCUCGUCUGCACUUGGAACGUUGCAGCGGCCCUGUGGCAGCUCGGCAGCAGCAGCGCUUCCGUGUAGAUGCUACCGACGCCGGCAGGAGGGGCUCCCCCAUGGGCGCAGGCAAACCACUGCCCGGGCGGGGGCCAAGUCACUGAAAUACAGCAAGUGAGCGGCUGAAGCCUUUCCUCCCGCGCAUCACGAGAUGGCAGGGGAGCGCUCGCUCAGGCCAUGGCGCACACCAGGCAGCCUUUGCACAUCCCCACAAUGUCCAGCCACAGAGACUCACCUCAGCUCUUUGCUUUCUUUCAGCUUCCAUGACCGGAUUCCCUGUGGCAGACUCAGGCAGUCCAGAAGUAGCUCAGCUCCGGCUGUCGAACGGCUCAAGUCGCUGCGCUGGGAGAGUCGAGGUGCUGCACGACCAGCAGUGGGGAACCGUGUGUGAUGACGGCUGGGAUUUAACCGAGGCCAGAGUAGUGUGCCGGCAGCUGGGCUGCGGGACGGCGCUAGCAGCCCCACACGGGUCUCGCUUUGGACAUGGAACUGGCCGUAUCUGGCUGGACGAAGUCAACUGCACCGGGACGGAAGCUGCCCUCUCCGAAUGCAGGGCUAAGCCUUGGGGAGAGCACAACUGUAACCAUGUGGAAGACGCCAGCGUGGAGUGCUCAGACACGAUCAUUCCGGACCCAGGUCUUCUCCGGCUGGUGAACGGCCCCAAUCGCUGCGCCGGGCGAGUCGAGGUGCUUCACAACCAUCAGUGGGGAACCGUGUGUGAUGAUGACUGGGACUUAACUGAUGCUGGAGUCGUGUGCCGGCAGCUGAGCUGCGGGACGGCGGUAGCAGCCCUAGGGAGCGCUCAGUUUGGGAGAGGUUCUGACACCAUCUGGCUGGACGAGGUUAACUGCACAGGGGCUGAAGCUGCCCUCUCCGAUUGCAGGGCUCGGCCGUGGGGCAAGAAUCCAGUGUUGUGUGCUCAGGUAACCCUCCUCCGUCACAUCACAGGGGUGCUGUCUGGAACAGUAUUUUCCUUUGGGGUGUUUGCAGACUCAGGCAUGUCAGAACUAGCUCCGAUCCGGCUGGUGAACGGCCCGAGUCCCUGCGCUGGGAGAGUCGAGGUGCUGCACGACCAGCAGUGGGGAACCGUGUGUGAUGACGGCUGGAAUUUAACCGAGGCCGGAGUCGUGUGUAGGCAGCUGGGCUGCGGGACGGCGGUAGCAGCCCCACACGGGUCUCGCUUUGGACAUGGAACUGGCCGUAUCUGGCUGGACGAAGUCAACUGCACCGGGACGGAAGCUGCCCUCUCCGAAUGCAGGGCUAAGCCUUGGGGAGAGCACAACUGUAACCACGUGGAAGAUGCCGGUGUGGAGUGCUCAGACAUGGUCAUUCCGGACCCAGGUCUUCUCCGGCUGGUGAACGGCCCCAAUCGCUGCGCCGGGCGAGUCGAGGUAUUUCACAGUCGUCAGUGGGGAACCGUGUGUGAUGACGACUGGGACUUAAGCGAUGUUGGAGUCGUGUGCCGGCAGCUGGGUUGCGGGACGGCGGUAGCAGCCCCUGGGGGAGCUCUGUUUGAGAGAGGUUCUGACACCAUCUGGCUGGACGACGUUAACUGCACCGGCUCCGAAGCUGCCCUCUCCGAUUGCAGGGCUCGGCCGUGGGGGAACAAUAACUGUCACCAUGGAGAAGAUGCCGGUGUUGUGUGCUCAGACUCAGCCCUUCCACACAGGGCGUCGAACGGCUCAAGUCGCUGCGCUGGGAGAGUCGAGGUGCUGCACGACAAGCAGUGGGGAACCGUGUGUGAUGACGGCUGGAAUAUAACCGAUGCCGGGGUUGUGUGCCGGCAGAUGGGCUGCGGGACGGCGGUAUCAGCCCCAGGCAAGGCUCACUUUGGACUAGGACACGGUCCAAUCUGGCUGGGUGAUGUUAACUGCACGGGGACAGAAGCUGCCCUCUCUGAAUGCUGGGCUCGGCCGUGGGGCAAGAAUAUCAACUGUCACCAUGGAGAAGAUGCUGGUGUGGUGUGCUCAGAUGCAAACAUCUCAGAAGCAGUUCAGCUCCGGCUGGUGAAUGGCCCCAAUCGCUGCGCUGGGAGAGUCGAGGUGUUUCACGGCCAUCGGUGGGGAACUGUGUGUGAUGACGGCUGGGACUUACAGGAUGCCAGAGUUGUGUGCCAGCAGCUGGGCUGUGGGACGGCGUCAUCAGCCCCUGGGAGAUCUCAUUUUGGACGCGGAACUGACAUUAUCUGGCUGGAUGAGGUUCAGUGCACAGGGACAGAGGCUGCCCUCACUGUAUGCAGGGCUCGGCCGUGGGGCAUACAUAACUGUCACCACGGGGAAGAUGCCGGUGUUGUGUGCUCAGACGCCGGCAUCCCAGAAGAGUCUCAGCUCCGGCUGGUGAACGGUUCGAGUACCUGCUCCGGGAGAGUCGAGGUGCUGCACAACCAGCAGUGGGGGACCGUGUGUGAUGACGGCUGGGAUUUAAUUGAUGCUGAAGUCGUGUGCCGGCAGCUGGGCUGUGGAACAGCCUUGUUAGCCCCAAGGGCGUCUCGAUUUGGGCAAGGCUCCGAUCCCAUCUGGCUGGAUGACGUUCAGUGCACAGGGACAGAAGCUGCCCUCUCUGCAUGCAAGGCUAAGCCUUGGGGAACGCAUAACUGUCAGCAUAGGGAAGAUGCCAGUGUUGUGUGCUCAGACUCAGGCAUGUCAAACGUGGUUCAGCUCCGACUGGUGAGCGGCCCCAAUCGCUGCACUGGGAGAGUCGAGGUGCUGCACGACCAGCAGUGGGGAACCGUGUGCGAUGACGGCUGGGACAUAACUGAUGCUGGUGUGGUGUGCUGGCAGCUGGGCUGUGGGACGGCGGUCUCAGCCCCCGGCGGGGCUCGGUUUGGACAAGGAGAUUACCGUAUCUGGCUGGAUGAUGUUCAGUGCACAGGGACAGAAGCUGCUCUUACCGAAUGCAAGGCUCGGCCAUGGGGAGACAAUAACUGUCACCACAGAGAAGACGCCGGGGUUGUGUGCUCAGACGCCGGCAUCUCAGAAGCGGAUCAACUCCGGCUGGUGAACGGCUCGAGUCGCUGCACCGGGAGAGUCGAGGUGCUGCACAACCAGCACUGGGGGACCGUGUGCGAUGACAGCUGGGACUUAACCGAUGCCACAGUCGUGUGCCGGCAGCUGGGCUGCGGGACGGCGCUAUCAGCCCCACUUAGGGCUCACUUUGGACGAGGAUCUGACCCCAUCUGGCUGGACGACCUUCGCUGCACGGGGACAGAGGCUGCCCUCUCGGAUUGCAGGGCUCGGCCGUGGGGGGACAACAACUGUAACCACGGAGAAGACGCCGGGGUUGUGUGCUCAGGCGCCAGCAUCUCAGAAGCGGAUCAACUCCGGCUGGUGAACGGCUCGAGUCGCUGCAACGGGAGAGUCGAGGUGCUGCACAACCAGCACUGGGGGACCGUGUGCGAUGACAGCUGGGACUUAACCGAUGCCACAGUCGUGUGCCGGCAGCUGGGCUGCGGGACGGCGAUAUCAGCCCCACGUGGGUCUUACUUUGGACGAGGAUCUGACCCCAUCUGGCUGGACGACCUUCGCUGCACGGGGACAGAGGCUGCCCUCUCGGAUUGCAGGGCUCGGCCGUGGGGGGACAACAACUGUAACCACGGAGAAGACGCCGGGGUUGUGUGCUCAGCAGACUUCCCGUUGCCUGAAGUGGCUCCGAGCCGGCUGGCUGAUGGCCCCAGUCGCUGCGCUGGGAGAGUCGAGGUGUUUCAUGGCCUGCAGUGGGGGACCGUGUGUGAUGACGACUGGGACUUAACUGAUGCUGGAGUCGUGUGCAGGCAGCUGGGCUGCGGGACGGCGCUGGCAGCCCCCCACGGGGCUCACUUUGGGAGAGGCUCUGACCCCAUCUGGCUGGACGACGUUCAGUGCACAGGAGCCGAAGUUGCCCUCUCCAAAUGCAGAGCCAGGCUGUGGGGAGAUGGUAACUGUCAACAUGGAGAAGACGCUGGUGCGGUGUGCUCAGGUGCAGUCAUCCCAGAAGUGGCUGUGCUCCGGCUGAUGAACGGCCCCAGUCGCUGCGCCGGGAGAGUCGAGGUGCUGCACAACCGGCAGUGGGGAACCGUGUGUGACAGCGAUCUGGAGAGAGAGACCCCUUAG